UUUCAGAUGCAGUUCAUGAAGAUGAGGCUGGUUUAUGCUUUCAUUCUGACAAUGGGUGCUCUUUGCUUGUACUUCAGCAUGGAACUUUUCGAAGAACUUCCAAUUGUUCUCAAGAAAGGUCACGGGAAGUUCCUCCAGCUCCCAGAUAUUGACUACAAGCAGAAGCCCCCUUUCCUUGUGCUGCUGGUGACUUCGUCCCACAAGCAGCUGGCGGCUCGCAUGGCCAUCCGCAAGACGUGGGGUAGAGAAACAGAGGUGCGGGGGCGGCGUGUAAAGACCCUCUUCCUCCUGGGGGCCUCAGACAGCACCGACGAGAUGAAUGCCACAGCCCAGGAGGGCAAGCAGCACCGUGACAUCAUCCAGAAGGAUUUCAAGGACGACUACUACAACUUGACCCUGAAAACAUUGAUGGGCAUGGAAUGGGUCCACCACUUUUGUCCUCAGGCAGCUUUUGUGAUGAAGACAGACUCAGACAUGUUUGUGAAUGUUGGCUAUCUGACUGACCUGCUGCUAAAAAAAAACAAAACCUCCAGGUUCUUCACGGGGUACAUAAUGUAUGAUUACCCUCCCAUCAGGGAUACAAUCAGCAAGUGGUUUGUGAGUAAAUUUGAAUAUCCCUGGGACACGUACCCACCUUUUUGUUCUGGUACGGGUUAUGUCUUUUCUAGUGAUGUGGCCAGUAAAGUAUACAGUGUCUCAGAGAGUGUCCCAUUCUUCAGGUUCGAGGAUGUGUUUGUCGGGCUCUGCCUGGCCAAGCUGAAGAUACGGCCUGAGGAACUCCACACAGAACCAACCCUUUUCCCAGGAGGCUUAUACUUCUCUGUGUGUCGCUUUCGUAAAAUUGUGACCUGUCAUUCUCUGACACCCCAGACAUUACUCACUUACUGGAAGAAACUGGAGAACUCUCAGAAACAGUACUGCCCUUCUUAAUGUUGAUGGUAUCCACAGUGCAAACUUCCAAUAACCUUUGGCGAUACUUUGUGGAGGUCUGAGAUGGCCUUGCUGGGAACUGUCAGGGUUAGAGAGAGGAGGAGGAAAGCAAAGAGUGUUGUUCUCAAUGCCCUGCAUGUACUAGAGUGGAUGUACACACACACAGGUCAAGACUCAUUCCCACUUGGCACCCAGAGCAAUAACAGAUCUCAUCUAUCAGACUUUUGCACUAUGUUCUCAAUGUUUGAGACAUGUCUUCAUCUGCUCAUUUCAGGGCUCAGUAUAUAUAUGAAGCCAUGGAUGUGAUCAUUAACAUUUUACAGGUUAAGAACCAGUAGCUAUGGUCAAUUACUUGUUCAAAGACUCCCAGUCUGCAGAUGGAGUAGGAAUGAGAAUCAAGUUCUAUCAGAAUUCAGUUGGUGUCCCCCAACUGAGUGUCCCAUUCUUUUGGAAAGGGUGGUAAUGGAUGAAGCUUAGGGUAGGUGCCUUAAAGAAAACCUGCAUUCUUCAGGCCAUUUCUGGAGUACCCAGCCCCUCAAUUCCAAAUCCUACUUUUUUUAAAAUGCUAAGUCUUGGAUGAACCAGCUUUCUUAGCCCUCUCCCCUCACUUGAAUGAUAUAGCUAGGCACCGAGUCUGUUAUCUACUUGGUAUCUAAUGCAUCUUCUACAUGAAACAUGCAUGGCUACAGACAGUAGCUCACUUCCAUGCUAGAAGGGCACUGGAUUAUAAGCCCAUAUAAAUGAGGCUGAGAACUCUUAACUGUUUCUUAUUGUAAAGGCUGAUCACACUGCUGAAAUCCUAGCAAGGUGAUGUCUCCUGUGAGCCUUUGGAAUACCUUAUCUCUGCUGUGAAUGUCUUGAUGGAUUGAUGGUGAUCAGUUGCAGCUCUGGAACACUUCAGACAUCUAAGUUCAAACUCAAGGACAGUCAGGAACAGGCAUGGCCUGUCCUGGUGUCCAGUAACUUUGCUGGAACCUGGACUGGUCCAAGCUACUGGUUUGCCCACCAUGCCCAGUCUGUUUUCAGGGUUUUCUGUCCUUCCCGGUUCCUGCUGCCGUUAAGCCCCAAAGAAAUCACA